AUGGGAAAAAUAAACAACGUAACUAUAUUCAUUUUAAGGGGACUGUCUCAGAACCCAAAAGUGGAAGAAGUUUGUUUUGUGCUGUUUUCUUUCUUCUACAUGGCUAUACUUCUGGGAAAUCUUCUCAUCAUGCUUACAGUGUACAUGGGCAACCUUCUCAAGUCUCCUAUGUAUUUCUUUCUCAACUAUUUGUCUUUUGUGGACAUCUGUUACUCCUCAGUUACAGCUCCGAAAAUGAUUGUUGACCUAUUAGCCAAGAAAAAAACUAUCUCCUAUGUGGGGUGUGUGUUGCAACUCUUUGGGGUACAUUUCUUUGCUUGUACUGAGAUUUUUCUUCUUGUUGUAAUGGCCUAUGAUAGGUAUGUGGCCAUCUGUAAACCCCUACACUACAUGACCAUCAUGGAUCAGGACAGAUGCAAUAAAAUAAUGCUGGGGACCUGGGUAGGUGGGUUCAUGCACUCUAUUAUCCAACUGUCUUUGGUGCUUCAGCUACCCUUUUGUGGACCCAAUGUGAUUGAUCACUACUUUUGUGAUGUCCACCCUAUGCUGAAACUGGCCUGCGCAGACACAUAUACUGCUGGUGUUGUUGACACAGCCAAUAGUGGAACUAUCUCUCUGGGGAGCUUCAUUAUCUUGUUAAUCUCUUACACUGUCAUCCUUGUGUCCCUGAGAAAUCAUUCAGCAGAAGGCAGGCGCAAAGCUCUCUCCACUUGUGGUUCCCAUAUUACUGUUGUCGUCAUCUUUUUUGGUCCCUGCAUUUUCACGUAUGUGCGCCCUAAUACUACUUUUCCUGGGGACAAGUUUGUAGCUGUAUUUUAUACCAUUAUUGCCUCCAUGUUAAAUCCCCUUAUUUAUACACUGAGAAAUGCAGAAGUGAAAAAUGCAAUGAAGAAAAUUUGGUGUAAGAAGAUUUUCUGGGAGGCUAGGUGGUUUAGUGUCUAA